CGUCUACUUUAUUUAUUUAGUUUGACUUUUUUUCCACACCACCAUUGAGGUAAAAGUCUAGGCGGUGGGCGGAGUCAGAAGAGCGGCAAUGUCGCUCACGUCCGCUGAUAUGCCAAGUUUACUAUUUGAGGAAACGAGACCUUUGUAUAGAAAACAUUGUUUUGAUAUUUAUCUCAGUGGUGGUGGGUGACAAAAAAUCAUAACAAUGAGAGAGCCACAAGGGUUAAGGAGGUGAAUCGGGGUUACAAGAAGGAGUAGACAGUGUUAUAAUCUAUAACAAAUUACUUGUAGCACCACUGGGGGAAUCCCCGAGCUCCGCCUCACCGGCCAAUAUUCGGUGCGGCGAGUAUAAUAAGGUGGCGUCCAAUCACUCACACCGCUCUUUUACACAGCCACGUAGUGUUAUGAAGUCUUCUUACAACUUCCACAUUCGCUCUACAAAUUCAGCGAGUGAAAAUAAUGGUUGACCAACAAGCCUGCCUGACAUCUCGGACUGCCGAGAUAACAUGAAAAACAGCGCGCAAUUGGCAAUCAGCUGAUGCAAUGUUACCAACUACAAACAGUUGUCUCUUUCAGAAAACGCAAUAACAGUUAACAGCAACAGGUGGAGUCAUGACACGGCACUUUGUUGCUAUCGGCCCAGCCCAGAGAAAAUGUGGUGUUGUAGCAGCAAAUUAUAGAGAAUUCUUAAAAAAAUGCAGAAAAAAAUUUAAUUUAAAGAAACAUGAAGCAAUCAUUGUCACACUUGACGACAGGACAGAAGUUGAUAAAGAAUACUUUAGAGUUCUUGUAAAUGGCACAAAAUUGUUUAUUUCAAAAGCAAAAGACUUUGAAACUGUUGACUACAUUCAUCAGCUUGCAUCCUUCCUCCAUGCUUGCCUGGACCGCCAGCCACAGUUACACAACAAAGUUAUGAGUUACUUGCAAGAUCCAAUAAGUUCUAAGCAAGCAGCAACACUUUUGGAGGUCAUAGCCAAAAAUACAUACGAUUCCAUAGCGCAGACUUCAAAAGACGAUGAUCCUGAGUGGUUUAAAGAGUUAGACACAAGGUUUAAGACUAAGGAAGCUGUCAUGCGCAACAGUGCUUAGACAAGGAUGCGAAGUUAUCUACAACACACCGAGGGUGAACUGCUUGCCAAGAACCUCCCACCUGACUCCCCACAAAAAAAUGCAAUUCUCUUUUUUAAGGAAAAAUUGCACAAAUCUAAGUACAAUGCCAGUUACUUUGACCGCUCAGCUGUGUUGGAAACAGAACGUCUGUGUGACUCCCAUGGAACAUUUGAGUGUGAGGGGCCCUACAACCAACCCAAAUGUCCCGGCAUUCAUUACAUCAACCCCUAUGCCUCCAGGGAAACCAGGAUUGUCUUCUCCACAUGGAAUUUUGAUCAUGUAAUUGAAAAAUCCAGAAGCAUCAUACCAGAAUUGAAAGCAGCUCUCUCAGGCCAAAGAGCAUCAUCUGUAAAUCUCCCAUAUUUUUAUGAUCUCCUCUUCCUCCACAAGAAUCCUUCUAGAGCUGCUCUGAAGACAAAUGGUAACUUGAAGCUAGUACACAUUGCUUGUCAUGUUAAAAAACCACAUGAAUGUCAAUGCAAGUCUGAGAAGAUAUUCUUAGACCAACGUAAUGACAUAGAUGGGCCGAGUCCACAACAGGAUACCAAGCCUAAACAACAGAGGGUAAAGAGGCCACAACCAAACUCAUGUACUUCACAAGAAGGAAGCAAGAAAUUACACAGGUCUAUAGACUGUUGGGUGCAGAAUGAUAACAGAUAAAAAGACAUGCAACUCCACUGACUUUUUUUUUUUUUUUUUUAUAUAUAUAGGGACACUGGCCAAGGGCAACCAAAAAUCCAAUAAAAAAGAAAAAAUGCCCACUGAGAUGCCAGUCCCAUAAAAGGAUCCAAAGCAGUAGUCAAAAAUUGAAGGAUAAGUGUCUUGAAACUUCCCUCUUGAAGGAAUUCAAGUCAUAGGAAGGUGGAAAUACAGAAGCAGACACAGAGUUCCAGAGUUUACCAGAGAAAGGGAUGAAUGAUUGAGAAUACUGGUUAACUCUUGCAUUAGAGAGGUGGACAGAAUAGGGGUGAGAGAAUGAAGAAAGUCUUAUGCAGCAAGGCCGCAGGAGGAGGGGAGGUAUGCAGUUAAUAAGAUCAGAAGAGCAGUUAGCAUGAAAAUAGUGGUAGAAGACAGCUUGAGAUGCAACAUUGCAGCAAUGAGAGAGAGGCUGAAGACAGUCAGUUAGAGGAGAAGAGUUGAUGAGAUGAAAAGCUUUUGAUUCCACCCUGUCUACAAGAGCGGUACGAGUGGAACCCCCCAGACAUGUGAAGCAUAGUCCAUACAUGGACAGAUAAGGCCUUUGUACAGAGUUAGCAGCUGGGGGAGUGACAAAAAAAUGGCAGACAUCUCAGAAUGCCUAACUUCAUAGAAGCUGUUUAAGCUAGAGAUGAGAUGUGAAGUUUCCAGUUCAGAUUAUAAGAAAAGGACAGACUGAGGAUGUUCAGUGUAGAAGAGGGGGGACAGUUGUGUCAUUGCUAGACCAUGACACAGUAAGUUCUUAAUUAGGUUAAGGCUGUACCCCCAAAAAUAUACCUGAUAACCACAUUUAUCACCACACAAAAAAUACAAGAAUGCAUUUCAUAUGUAUGCUGAGAAAAAGAUGUACAGAAUUUUCAUCUCAUCCCCAUGCUCUACAUGAUUGGUAUGUAAUUAUCUAUUCUAUUUCUAUCACUGUACUCUUAUAAAUUGCAUUCAUAUAGUACAUGCAACCUUAAAAUUCCUACAUAAUCAGUUUCUACCAGCUACUCAUCAUUAAUCCCUUCACGGGCAGGGCAGAUGUAUGUACGACCAAAUAAAAAAUCACCUAUACUGUAUAUAUCCUACUGAUCUUCAGUUAUAUAUCUGUAUAUAGUCCCCCACAUAUAAGCAUUGUAAACUGAUGUCUAUAAAUAGCCUCUGCUAUGAAGAAACUUGAUGUCUACACAUGAAAAGACUUAGCAAAAUCAUGCACAGUUCCAGUGUGUCUGAAUAAGCCUGAAAUGUGAUGACAAACAAGCUUACUUUCAAAACAUCCAUAUAAAGAUCCUAUGCCAAGGUGGUUUAAAAAUACAUUCAAGUGGGUGUCAGAGUGGGUGACUUCUUAAAAUUCUUGCAAGGCAUAUUCUUGAAAAUUCAGUUCAUGAUCUUUGAUUAGCAUAUCUUCCAUAUGACCAUUAAGACCUGUUCACAUGAUAGGGAAGUGCCUAACAGGAAACAAUGUUACCAAAACAUAUUCUAAAAUAUAGCAAUUCCUCCUA